GUCAAAACCCCCGUCAAACGUCAAGAGCACGUUGAGCGGCUUUGUUGUUUGUAAAUACCUGCACUGCGUUGCUCGCGCCGGUACAAUGAAGGAACGAAUUUUAACAAAUAAUGAAAAAUCUUUUGUUCAAAAGGCUAUUCUUGAGUCGAUCCGCAUCGAUGGCCGAACGUUGGAGGAGUUCCGCAAGCUGCGGAUAUGCUUCGGCGCCGAAUGGGGUUUGGUGCACGUAAUACUGGGCGAAACGCGCGUUCUCGCCCGGGUCACCUGUGACGUGGUGGAACCGAAAGCGACCCGCCCUAACGAAGGUAUGCUUUUCGUGAACGUCGAGCUGGGACCGAUGGCAGCACCUCACUUCGAUGGCGGCCGUCAGUCGGACGAGUGUGUACAAUUGAAUCGCAUCCUGGAGCGUGCAUUGAAAGAUUCGGGCUGUGUCGAUCUGGAAUCGCUUUGCUUAGUGUCGGAAGAAAAGGUAUGGACCCUGCGAGUGGACGUCACCGUGCUGAACCAUGAAGGCAACGCAAUCGAUUGCUGCGCGAUAGCCGCUCUGACCGCUUUGGCACAUUUCAAGCGACCGGACAUAACGGUCGACGGUGAGAACGUGAUCGUCCACACGAUGGAGGAGAAGGAACCGAUCAAGGUGACACUUUUCCACUACCCCAUUUGUGUCAGCUAUGCCAUCUUCAAUCAGGGCAAAAUAGCGGUAGCGGAUCCCACCUACCUGGAGGAACGUGUGGCUGAAGCGAAAAUGGUUUUCGGCAUCAACUCGUACGGUGAGCUGUGCGGGUUGCAUCUCGGCGGCACCACGCUCACCAGCUCCGAUCUGCUUUUGCGCACCUCGAUGAAGGCUAGCAAACGGGCCCGGUUGGUGGUGGAAAAGAUUAAAGCUGCCAUCCAGAAGGACAGUGUCGGUCGCGAGAAGGGUGUGCCGGUCGGUUUUGCCGAGAGCAUCGAACGUAACGAGGCAACGGUACACGCGCAGGAUAGAAUGCAGGUGCGAUUGAAACGGUUCAAGCUGAAAAUCGAUGGACAAGAACGGAACGAUUCCGACGGAGAAGUAGAAUCGGAACCGGAAGAUGCGAUGGAGGAAGCAGUCGAUGAAAGCAAAGAGCAGGACGAACCGAUGGCUGUGGACGACGCGGUUGUGGAGGUCGGUGAAAGUUCGGCCGUUCUAAUACCGACCCCAAAGGACACUAACAACCAAUGGUUAACGGAAGAGGAACUAAUGCAGGUAAAGAAGCGGACGCAGAAGAAGAAACGCAUGAAGAAAAGUUUGCUUUCCCAAUCGAAGGAACCGGUGGUUGUAGUGGGCGACAGUAGCGAGGAGGAAACGGUAACGCUUACUUCAGCAGAAAUAUAAAUAAAUUUGGCUUUUCAAACAAAUAA